GGUUAAACAAAAACACCCUUUUGAUUGGUUGACAAAUAGUGUCUCUCACAAUGCAGGUGUUUGCUGCACGCUGCAGUAGGUGAGAAGUAACGACAGUGACUUUAAAGGGGAUUUUUAUCGAAAACUGCUUGACCUUUGAUCACAUGAUUUUUGUUAAGCUCAUGCAGUGGAAAUGUAGUCGCAAAGUCGGACAAUUUUUAUAACCAUAAUGCAACACACUUUGAAAGGCGCUGACCAAUGAUGGUCAACGACUUCACUAAAGUGAUCUGCUCGAACGCGCCCAGUGUGUGGUAGUCUGCCAUCAAAAAACACACGCUGCGCCUGCCUUCCGUGCGUUUGGAAUAGAUAGUGCAUCUUGUAUUGUUUUGAUAGAUUCGUCCAGACGCUUUAACUUCUUCUCCGUCGGAAUAUCUGCGGGUAUGUUUUCAACUCUGCCCGUCAACACUGUUAAUAUCAGACCGGAGAAAACACCUGACAAGUAGGCUACGUUCGGCCGAAAGAGACAUCCAGGGAGGAUGGGACCCAAACUAGGAUAGCCUACAUAGACUAGACGGAUAGAACAACCGCCUUCAACAUGUUUAGAGGUUCUGGAGGUGUAGAGCUGCUCCUCGUCCUGUGCGGCCUGGACCUCUCCUCCCCCUGUCCCAGGGACUGUAUCUGCUACACCUCUCCCAGCACCGUAUCCUGUCAGGCACACAACUUUCUGUCUGUCCCAGAGGAGAUCCCAGCCCAGAGCGAGAGGGUCUUCCUGCAGAACAACAAGAUUCAGCGUCUGCUGCGAGGCCACUUUAGUCCCACCACGGUCAUGCUGUGGCUCUACUCCAACAACAUCUCUUACAUCCAGGCCUCCACUUUUCACGGCUUUGCCCGCCUGGAGGAGCUGGAUUUGGGGGAUAACCGUCACCUGAGGGCCCUGGCUUCAGACACCUUCCAGGGCCUAGGCCGCCUGCACGCUCUGCACCUCUACCACUGUGGGCUGCUCAGCCUGUCGCCAGGGAUCUUUGAGGGGCUCAGCAGCCUGCAGUACCUCUAUCUGCAGAACAACCAGUUGGAGUUCCUGGAAGAUGAUCUGUUUGUGGACCUGCUGAACCUCACCCACCUCUUCCUCCAUGGCAACAAGCUCUGGUCCCUCCACCAGAACACAUUCAGGGGCCUGGGAGUCCUGGACCGCCUCUUACUACACCAGAACAAGCUACAGUGGGUCCACCGUCUGGCAUUCCACGACCUGCGUCGCCUCACCACCCUCUACCUGUUCAACAACUCUCUGACUGAGCUGUCUGGGGCCAGCCUGGCUCUGCUGUCUUCCCUGGAGUACCUCAGACUCAACAACAACCCCUGGGAGUGUGACUGCAAGGCUCUGCCACUGUGGGUGUGGCUGCGGAGGUUCCGGGGCUCUACGUCGGUGCUGGAGUGCGUCUCCCCUCCUGAGCUCCAGGGCCGGGACCUGAAGAGCUUGAGGAAAGAGGACUUACCCAGCUGUUCAGCAGGAGAAGCCCGGGGAUUUGGUGUCGUAGGCGGAGAGGCCGGGCUGGGGGAGUCCCAGACGAAAGAGGAGGACUGUCGACUCCAUCACAGGAACCACAAGCACCGCCAUAACCACCACCAGCACCCACACAAGGACAAGAACAACAGGGACCCGUCACCUUCACCCCUACCCUUACCCCUUCCCAGGCCGCCCAAGGGGAGUCACAGGAACUGUACCCGGGGUCGCAAGGGGGGUCAGAACGAGGUGCAGGUACUGAGGGAGGAGGAGGACUACACCCCUGGAGGGAAUAAAUACAACCCCUCCGCCCCCCCUCGCAGGAGGAACAAGUGUGUCCCCAUGACAUCAGUUGGCCCGCCCAGUGGGGUCAAGAGAGCCAAUAGUAAUGUGGCGUCCUGCCCCGCUGGGACUUUUCUCUGCAUCCUGUUGGCUGUUCUGCUGUCACUCAGCUGAGACUGAGUUUACAUGUAGCUAAUGUUUUAUCAACAACACCCUACAGGACAGUUCAGCACAUACACUUGUGACUGACCAGCUCUGGCUCCUGCACUGAGGUGUGUGUGUGUGUGUGUUGAAGUGUUCUCUGUUGAUGCGUUCAUUUUAACUGAAGCUUAGCCAGUGGAAUUACACCGUCGCUCUUUGAUGAUGUCAUAAAGGGGAGUAUCAGUCUCACCUCUAAGGGUUCUGAUUUUGUGGUGGAUUCCAAUGAGAAUACAAGAAGAAGAAUACUACUAUAGCCAUAUUACCUGAGAGGAUACCUCAUCCAUGAUGAUAACAUGACCCUAACACGUUGUUGACAUGCUAGAAAAACAUCCCUAAAAUGUCAACUGGCCCAAUGCUCUUAACCUCUAGGUUACCUGCUGCCCAUAUUAAACUGUGUUACUGGCCCAACGCUCCUAACCUCUAGGUUACCUGCUGCCCAUAUUAAACUGUGUUACUGACCCAACACUCCUAACCUCUAGGUUACCUGCAGCCCAUAUUAAACUGUGUUACUGACCCAACACUCCUAACCUCUAGGUUACCUGCAGCCCAUAUUAAAGUGUGUUACUGACCCAACACUCCUAACCUCUAGGUUACCUGCAGCCCAUAUUAAAGUGUGUUUGUGACCCAACACUCCUAACCUCUAGGUUACCUGCAGCCCAUAUUAAAUUGUGUUUGUGACCCAACACUCCUAACCUCUAG